UCUAAAAGACACAUUUCCUCCUUGAGGUGUAUGUCAGCAGAAGGCGCCGCAACACUGAGGACCGGCAAACUCCCUUUCCUCAGAUCUUGACAGAGCGGACAGAUGGAAACACAUAAGAAGGUCCUCUUACAAACUUUGGAGAAGUUGAAUGCAGAGGACUUCAAAAAAUUUAAAUGGUACCUGCUGCAGAAGGAACUCCUAGAAGGCUUCCCCACACUCCCAAAGAGUCAACUGGAGAAGGCCGACAGGAUGGACACAGUGGAUCACAUGGUGCAGAUCUACAGUAUAAACACUAUAGAGGUGGCCAGAAUAGUUUUGGUUUUGAUGAAUCAGAAUGAUCUAGUGAAGAAUUUAUCAAACACCAUAUCAGUACCUAGAGAAACUAUUGCUCCACUGUGCCAACUUAAACUCAAGUCUAACCUGAAGAAGAAGUUUCAGUGUGUGUUUGAGGGGAUUGCUAAAGCAGGAAACCCAACCCUUCUGAACCAGAUCUACACAGAGCUCUACAAUAUCUGUGAACUCACACUCGACACAAACACAGUAAACAGAAACCUCAAAGUCUCUAACAACAACAGAAUGGUGACACUGGUGACAGAGGAGCAGCCAUAUCCUGAUCAUCCAGAGAGAUUUGACCACUGGUAUCAGCAGCUCUGCAGAAAUGGUCUGACUGGUCGCUGUUACUUGGAAGUCGAGUGGGAAGGAGUGGUCCAAAUAGCAGUGACUUACAGAGAAAUCGGAAUGAAAGGAAAGGGAUAUGGCAACAGGAGGGAGAGUCUCAUCUUGUGUAAAGAAACACUCAAAACUGCUGACUGA